GCGCUGCUCUCUGUGGUCAGCCGGGCACACUUCCCUUCAUCGUGCCUAUUUCAUCCUCCGUUGAGUCUCAAGUCCGCCAAGAUGCCCAAGAGCAAGCGCGCCAAGGUGGUCUCUCUGACUCAGACGGACAAGAAGGGUCUGGAGACCAAGACGCAGCUGGUGGAGCAGAUUCAACAAUGCCUCGAUGAAUACAAGGCCGCGUACAUCUUCUCGGUCGACAACAUGCGUAACGCCAAGCUCAAGGAUGUGCGCCUCGCAUGGCGCAACAGCCGCUUCUUCUUCGGCAAGAACCGGGUUAUGCAGCGUGCUUUUGGCUUCAGUGCACAGGAUGAGUACAAGCCUAACACCCACCUGAUCUCCGAGCACCUCAAGGGCAAUGUUGGCAUCCUUUUUACCAACAAGAAGCACGAGGAUGUUGUCAGCUGGUUUGAAACUUUUGCCGAGCUGGAUUAUGCUCGCUCCGGCAACCCGGCUACCGACACCGUCAAGCUGACUGCCGGUCCCUUGACGGAGUUUGCGCACACGAUGGAGCCCCAGCUGCGCGCCCUGGGCCUGCCCACCUCGCUGAAGCGGGGCAUCGUCACGCUGGACAACGACUACUUGGUCUGCAACAAGGGUGAUUCCCUUUCGCCUGAGCAAGCGCGCAUUCUCAAACUUUUUAGCAAGCCCAUGGCCGAGUUCAAGAUCAAGCUGACCAGUGCAUGGCGUGACGGCGAGUUUUCUGAACUCUAAAAAGCACAAAAACUUUUUCAUCGCCCAUCCUGGUUGCUGAGGGGCCUGUGCUUGGGCGAGGCGUGUCUGAGCGUCGCCAUCGCCCAGGUUAUUGUUGGCUGGGGGCCCGCCUCUACCGUGUCUUGUUUCUGGGUCCCGACCUGACGUCGAUAGAUGUUUGUUGAUCUUAAACCUCUGGGGUUUUUGGUUUGCCCCAUUGUGGAGUUGUCCGGCUGUGCUUGGUUUGUAUCUUUUCUCGUGUGCUUGCUUCACCAUCAUCGUUUUUGAGCAGGAGGGCGAUCAACGCUGCCUCCGUGUCUUUGUGCCUGUGUAUUUGUGGGUGAGUGUGCGCGCGCCUGUGUCUGUGUGCGAAGCCGAGUCCUUGUGCGUCAGUGUAUUCGUGUCUGUGAGUGAAAAGCACUUUACAUGUGAAUUCAAUUCAAAGCGCACGUUGUCUUCAAAUGUUGCAAAGGACCAAGCCCAAGAUCCAGCGCCUCUUCUCCUUUGAGCAAUUAUCGCGAGAAAUACGAUUUUGGUGGCCAAAAUUCUAAAUCGAAACCAUG